AUGUCAUCAUCGGAAGUCGCCUGCCCCGCAUGCAAAUGGACCCCAGAUCAGCAAAGACGCUGCAACUACGACAGUAGCGUGCGCCUCUUCUACGGAGCCAGCACUCGGGGUUACUGGUCCCUCGGCACAAAAUUUAUUCUCAAGGAGCGCGAGAAAGAUCCCCGUAGCUAUGAGGUCAUCAACACCCACUUCAUCAAAGAGAAUACCACCAUCCCCAUUCACAACACCGUGCAAGAGUGGACCGAGGGCAAGAAAUAUUUCCAGAUCGUCGAGCGGGUGCCUGGGGUACCGUUAGAGGAGAUCUGGUCGUCAAUCCCCCAACCCGACCGGGAGAAACUCGCUCAUCAGACUUCGGAGUAUCUGGGGCAGCUCCGCUCGCUCCACUCCGCGAAGAUGGAAAGUCUCCACGGGCAGCCGGUCUAUUCUGCUUUUCUCUUUCCGGGUCAGGGGUACGGGGGUAAACAUGGCCCGAUAAGCACGGCUGAGGAGCUAUGGGAGGAAAUGGCGGAAUCUUUGAGUGACAAAGUACCGGAAGUUGUUAAAACGCGGCUCCGGGAUACGAUGCCUUCUCCGUAUCCGUGGACCUUUACCCACGGGGAUUUGACUAGUUGCAAUAUCAUCGUGGACCCGACCAGUUUUGGAUUGAGUGCUCUGAUUGACUGGGAGCGUUCGGGCUAUUUCCCUGUGUGGUGGGAAUUUACGGGGGCGGGAAUCGGGUUCGGCGAGGAAGACUUAGAGUGGAAACGUCUGCUACUAGGAAACAUGGCCAAUCAUGAGGAGGCUCGUACGUGGUUUAAGGAAUUCUGGUCAUUCACUAGGUCGAUUGAUUCAGAGAUCAGAUUGAAGGUGCUGAAGGAAUGUGGUAUUGAGGAGGAUAUAGAGAUCUAG